AGGACGGAGAGCAAUUUGUGAAGAAGAUUGGAGGUGUGUUUGCCUUUAAAGUGAAGGACGGGCCGGAGGGAAAGGAAGCCGUCUGGAUUGUGGAUGUAAAGAAUGGAAAAGGCUCCAUUCACAAUGACAGCGAUAAGAAAGCAGACUGCACUAUUGCUAUGGCUGACUCGGACCUGCUCGACCUCAUGACUGGAAAGAUGAAUCCACAGACUGCAUUUUUCCAGGGUAAACUGAAGAUUACUGGCAACAUGGGAAUGGCAAUGAAACUUCAGAACCUCCAGCUGCAGCCAGGGAAGGCCAAACUGUGAGUGGGCGGAGCCAAGAUGCAAGGGGAGGAGGAGUCAGUCAGGAAGAAGGCGGAGCUUCAAGUAUAGUUCACUCUAAUAGAGUAGCUGCACAGGAGUCAGUGUUUCUCCACUGUAGCGUUCAGCCUCUGUCUAAUACGGUUAAAGAAUAAUUCACCCAAAAAUACAACUGGACAUCAUUUGAUGGCACUGUUAAAAGGACAGUUCACCUAAAAAUUUUAAUUCUGUCCUCAUUUACUCAAUUCUCAUUAUGAGUUGAACACAAAAGAAGAUAAACCUGUAACCAUUGACUUCCUUAGUAGGAAAAAUAAAUACUGCAUAAGUCAAUGGUUACAGGUUUCAGCUUUCUUCAAAAAAUGGAAGUCAAACACAUAAGAAAGAAACUCAAAGUUUUUGAACCACUUGAGAGAGAGUAAAUAGUGAGUACAUUUUCAUUUUUGGGUGAAAUAUACCUUUAUGUGUACAUUUUUUUUUUUUUUGGAAUAGACCACCAUGAUGAACUUUAUACGUUUAGUUAAUGAUGCUAGGUUUUAUUUUUGGGUGAAUUAUUUAAUUGAAUCCUGUGAUUCUGGUAGAUGCUUAUAAAAAUGAAAUUAAUACUGUUGCUAAUAAUUUUGAUAUCUUUGAUGCUGUCAUUUUGAUGGGUCACUGUUUCAAUUGUAUGCAUGUGUGGAUUGGUUUUCCCCAAAUAUUUUCUUGUGGUGUUUAAAAAGUGCCUGAAGUGUGUGUUUGAAUCAGGCUAACACACGACUCUAAACACAGCAAAAAUUCUGCUCAUCAGUAUUUCGCUGUUUUCCAAUAAAAACCAAGAAACAUUCUCAAGUCAGUGUAGGUUUUCUUGAGAAGCAAACUGAAGUCUUGUUUUCUAGCUUAAAAAUUCAUCAGAACUUUGAUUAGCAAAAAUAAAAGUGGCGUAACACUAAAUUAAAAAGGCAAACAAAUCAAUAUUUCUAACUCUUCUGAUAAAUGUUUGAUCUUGUUUUGAGAUUAAUCAGAAAACAUGACGUUUAAAAAGACAUUAAAAGGUUUGUACAAGAAAACAACAACAAAAUACUAAUCAAGAAAGCCACACACAGUUUUACUUGCAGUUUGAUUUGUGGCUUUGAUAGAUAGAUGCCUUGUUAACAUCUUUUACAGCCUUGAGAUUAGUUUUCUUUCAUCUUUAGAGACGCUCCAGGCUUAUUCAUCUAUACUCUUGAUGAAACGGCACCAAUUAUAAAUAUAUAUCCAUCAAAUGAGUGCAUGGAUAUAUUUAUUGUGUCCUACAGGUAUCAUGUCUUUCAUGCUGAAACACUUUUGUACUAAAUAAACCUGAUCUUUCGCA